AUGUCAUCCUUGUUCUUGAGGACUACGAAGAACCUGGUGAGAGAGCUGGGCAGGAAGGGCGAGCUGGUGCCUGUGGACAGCCUGAGCAGAUCGCCUCGCCUGCGCCCCUUCUGUCUGGUGAGGAAGAAGCACAAGCGUUACUUCUGGCCGUGGGACACGCCCCUCAUCCCCACAGACUUCUCCCUCCUGGACAUUCUGGAACCUGGCUGCCGCGACCCAGAGGUGGAUCACAGCAGCCCCAUCAACAUCUGGGAGAAGGCAGCCAGAGGGCUAACAGGGGCCGUGAGCCUGAGCGCUGGGCUACAGGGCCAGGUGACGGGAAGCAGCAGUUCCACCUGCAUCUCUGCCUUGGCAGUACGGACGCUCUGGGUUUCCCCUUGUACCUGGGAGAUGCUGCUUGAGGAGAGGAAACUGCGGUGGCCUAGGCCCUCCUUCCUCCAGGAACUACAGAGCCGGAAGGAGAGGGAGAACCUGUACGUGGUAACAGAGGCUGUGGAGACCCUGCAAGAGGCCGUACUUCAGAGCCGGGGCCAAAUGCUAGGAGCCGGGCAGCUGUCCCUCCUACAGCUGGGCAACGUUCAGGUCCAGGUUCAGAGCCACAUGGACACAGAGAAAGUGGUGAGCAUCCCACAGGGCAGUAUACUGGCUUACAGGGUUCUGCAGCUGGUGUUGGAGGAAGAUGGCUGGGCUGUCCUUUACUUCCCUGAAAGAAAGCUCUGCAGGGACACCAGGAGAGGCAUAGCCGUCAGCCCGGACUCAGAGGAGGAGUAAUUCCAGAGCUUGCAGGACCAAGCGGAAAGCCAGUUGCAGGACCUGGCCACACUGUCCUCAGAGCUACGGAACACAUUGCUGGGUGCCCUCCAGGAGCUGCUACAAGACUGCCAGGCACUCCAGGAGCUGGAAGACACGUUGGAAGAGACUCUAGACACUGGCUUGCUGACACAGCUGGAAGGCCCUGGGGGCUUUGUCUUAAGCAUCCUCCAAGACCCCGUAGGCAACUUGUUGUGCUCAAGAGGCAGGGCUAUCCUCUACAUUCUUGGAGCCCUAGCAGCACUGAGUGAACCCCAGCAUUGCCUGUUGGCCCAGUCCAUAGAGAGACAAAUCCUAGCUGAGGAACUGGAACUGAUGGCAGUGAGAACUUUCAAAAUUAUAUGUGACAUGCUUACAAGAGUGCUGCUACUGUAUGGUGCACAGUGAACAAGGCCACACAGAGACGUUAUGCAGAGUAACACAGGACUUGCUGUUCUGCCUUGCAUUUCCUGCAGCUUUCCUAAGCACCCCCCCCCCAGUCCCUGCCACCACAACAUGGCUCACACUGGUCAGGCUCCAGCCAACUGCACCUGUUGGAACAUGCAACAAUUAAAAGAGGAGUCUUCAACAAAAGAAAAAAGAAAAAUUAAAAAGUAA